AUGGUAAACAUUGUAAAGUCACGACCCAUGAAAAGUCGCAUAUUUGCAGCUUUGUGUGAGGAGAUGGGAGCAAAGCAUAAAACCUUGCUGUUUCAUACGGAGGUCCGGUGGUUGUCAUGUGGCAAGGUCUUGGUUCGUGUGUAUGAGCUGCGGGAGGAAUUUAAAGUGUUUCUGACAAAUGAGGGGUCAGAUUACGCAAAGCAGCUUGCAAGUGAUGAGUGGUGUGCAAGGCUGGCAUACCUGGCAGAUAUAUUUCAUCAUCUGAAUGAAUUGAACACCCGAAUGCAAGGCCGAAAUGAAAACCUGCUUACAAGUACAGAUAAAAUAAAUGGAUUCCGUUCAAAAGUGCAACUCUGGCAUCAACACGUGGAAAGUGGCAAUCUUGAAAUGUUCACGCUCACCAUGCAAUGGCAAUGUGUUCACACUGCUGCACUGUUCUACACUGAAUGCCUUGACUGGGUUAGGGACCCUUAUAGCUCAGCAUCAGUUGUUGGAAAGGAAAUGACUUUACAGAAGCAGGAGGAACUAAUUGAACUGAGACAAAAUCGUGGUUGCAAGCUAAGAUUUGCUGAUCUACCUUUGGACAGUUUUUGGUUGGAUACUGCCAAGGAGUUCCCCCUUCUGGCAAACAAAUCUAUUUUGACAUUGCUCCCUUUUUCUACUACAUAUAUGUGUGAGAUUAGCUUUUCAAGCAUGAUUGCUAUGAAAACCAAAUACAGAGAGAGACUGAGAACUGUUGACGAAGAGCUACGUGUGUGUCUUUCUUCGAUUCCAGCCAGAAUAUCAGCUUUGUGUUCAGCCAAACAGGCCCAGGUUUCGCACUGA